GCCAGGGCACCUCUGCACCUCCGAGCCGAGCUGCAGCUCAGUGUCCGCACGGUCCCUCAGGAGAAAGGAGCUAUGAGAGAGUAGCGAGUAUGCAACGACAAUUCAAGUAAAUGGCGCCCCUUAAAAGGAUUUUAAAUCAGCGUUUGGUGUUUUACAUCCUCAUUCUUCCAAUCUCAGGCAUUUUAUGCUUUAGUGAAUUAUUUUUUGUCAAAGAACCCCAAGAUGUUACAGUAAUGCGUAAAGAGUCAGUCAUUUUGGACUGUCAAGUGCGUGGCGAGGCCCCCAUUGACUUUCAAUGGCUCAAGAAUGGACUAAAACUGGUGGAGAGUGAGAGGUUGUACCUGCUUUCCAAUGGCUCCCUGUUUAUUUCGGAGGUGGAGAUCAGACGAGGAGACAAAUCAGAUGAAGGCUUUUACCAGUGCCUCGCUCAGAAUAAAUAUGGAGCAAUCCUGAGCCAGAAAGCCCGUGUUACAAUCGCAAGUAUCUCUGCUUUUGCAAUCCAGCCCACCUCCAUAGUGGUCACUGAAGGCUCAGUGGCUCGAUUUUCCUGUAAAAUCAGUGCACACCCUCCUCCCAUCAUCACGUGGGAGCUUAAUCGCGUAACAUUACCCCUGACUACUGAGAGAAUCACAGUGCUGCCGAGUGGUGUGUUGCAAAUUUAUGGUGUAAAACAAACAGAUGCUGGAAACUAUCGCUGUAUUGCCACAAACAUUGCCAGCCGCCGCCGAAGUGGUGAAGCAACCCUCACUGUUACUCCAGCCCCAAGCCCCCAGGUCCCCCAGAGGCCACGCAUUAUUACCGGGCCACAGAAUGUCUCGGUGGCGUUGCAUCAGAAUGCUAUUCUCGAGUGCAUGGCCACGGGCAACCCACGACCCAUCAUUUCAUGGAGCCGAGCAGACAGCAAAUCUAUUGAUGUUUAUAACACAAAAGUGCUGGGAAAUGGCAACCUCAUCAUCUCUGAUAUCAAGCCUCAACACGAAGGGGUCUAUCUGUGCAGAGCCACCACCCCUGGCACCCGAAACCAUACCAUUGCUUCGGCUAAUGUCACUGUACUCGCUCCACCAUCCCUGGUUGAAUGGCCAGAGAGUCUAACCCGUCCACGUGCCGGUACAGCUCGCUUUGUAUGCCAAGCUGAGGGGAUCCCAACUCCUCAAAUCACUUGGUUCAAGAACGGCAACAAAGUCCAUUCUAACGGCCGCAUCAAGAUGUACAACAGCAAACUGGUGAUCAACCAAAUCAUCCCAGAAGAUGAUGCUAUUUAUCAGUGUCAAGUGGAGAAUGAUCUGGGCUCUGUUUUGUCUAUGGCACGUCUCAUUGUGGUGAUGUCGGAGGACCGCCCGAGCGCACCACGCAAUAUCAGAGCUGACACUGUGUCCAGCUCUGCCAUCCUGCUCGCCUGGGAGAAACCUCUGUUCAACUCUGACAAAGUUAUCGCCUAUUCUGUGCAUUAUAUGAAGGCUGAAGGGUUAAACAAUGAGGAAUAUCAAGUAGUCAUUGGAAAUGAUACAACUCGAUACAUUAUUGAUGACCUGGAGCCAGCUCGUAACUACACUUUCUACGUGGUGGCCUACAUGCCGAUGGGAGCCAGCCGCAUGUCAGACCACGUGUUCCAGCACACACUUGAGGAUGUUCCCCUGCGAGCCCCUGAGCUCAGCUUGACCAGCAACAGCCCCUCAGACAUCCAGGUGUCAUGGCAGCCACUCCCCGACAAACUGAGUCGAGGACAAAUCUUGGCCUACCGCUUGUCGUACCGCACCAGUGCUGAGAAUGCAGUUACACAGAUGGAGUUUCCGGGACAGAAAACUCAGCAUCUCCUGGAAAACCUACAGCCGGACACCAUAUACCUCCUGAGGCUUGCUGCGGCCACCAGUGUGGGGUGGGGUGAGCCCUCAGCGUGGACCUCUCACCGCACGCCAAAGGCAUCCAGCACUCAGGUUCCUCGAUCUCCUGAGCUACAUUUGGAGUCCCUUAACUGCACCACUAUAGUCGCCCGAUGGCAGCUGGUGCAGAGAAACGCAGUCAGUGUCCAGGGCUACAGACUGUUUCACCAUGAGGAGAGCCAGCCUGAGAGUGCUCCAAUACAGCUCCGUGCCUCUGUCAAAUCCCACACUAUCAGUGGUCUUGACCCAAGGAAGAAGUACCAUGUAAAACUUCUAGCCUAUAACUUUGUUGGAGAUGGUUACCAGGCUGACCAGACCAUUAGUACUCCGAGCUGUGUCUCUGUUCGAGAUCGCCUGGUGCCCCCUCCGCCCCCGCCUCACAAUAUUUACGCCAAAACCAACAGCUCGACAGCCGUGUUUCUGCACUGGGGUCGUCCUGCCUUCACCUCCCACCAUCCAGUCAACUACACUAUCCGCUGCAACCCCGUGGGCCUGCAAAAUGCCUCUCUGGUGCUCUACCUUCAAACGGGCGAGCAGAAUCUUGUGGUGAAAGAUCUUGAGCCAAACACCAGAUAUGAAUUUGCAAUCCGUCUUCAUAUCGACCAGUUGUCCAGCCCCUGGAGUCCUGUAGUUUAUCAAAGCACUUUGCCUGAAGCUCCAACAAAGCCGCCGUCUAAUGUUAAAGUGAAUCUGAUUGAGGAGGACACUGCUUUGGUCUCUUGGAAAAGUCCAGAUGAGCCAAAUAUGUCUGUGACGCGGUACACCAUCCUCUUUGCCUCUAAAAAGGAAUGGCUUGCUGGCCAGUGGCAGGUCCUGCAAAGAGAGGGGAGCAUCACUAUGGCGCUCCUGGAGAACCUGAAGCCUGGUCAGGUGUAUUUGGUCAAAGUUUCUGCCUCCAACAACAUGGGUGAUGGGCCAUACUCUCCAGCUGUGGAACUGACUGCUUUAUCCUCCGCACAAAACCCACGUCUCUCACACGACUCCACAAUGUUUUCCGAUGGUUUCUACCACUUGGACCAGAAGUCUAUGACUGGAAUCACCAUUGGAGUCUGCAUUGCACUCAUUUGUAUCAUUAUCUGUGUUUUCGUCCUGGUCUGCCGCGGAAAUAACAGAAAAUUUUCAGCAGUGAAGCAGUAUGGACCAGCACAUGCCCCCCCCUCAUCAGCGGCAGUCCGACGUGGGUCAGAGGAACAGGUUGAAAAUGGAGAUGUGACUGUGCCCAUGAUGAACCACUUCAUUGAUGCCAAGGGUGGAACAAACCUCAUGAUAAAUGCACUUGGUCCUGUUCAGGCCAGCACUGAAAAGAAAAGUGAUUGGUUUUCUUUCAACAAGAGAGAUAAAACAAGCAGCAAAUCUCCACAGAGCAACAGACACCAGUCCUUGCAGUACCAGCCUGGCACCACAGUUCUGACUUAUGAUGAAGAGCUGUCCAUGUCUCGAGACCAGCCAGUAUCUUUGGAGGCUUUACUUGGACAUCGCACGGACACUGAAGGCUCAUCCGGUAGUGAGGGCAGCCACGGGACAGGAGACUCCGGGCGCUACUCUCAUGACGAGACAGAGCUCACCAACCUGUCAUCUGGUCCAGGGAGUCGGCCGCCAUCUUUAACUGACGAAGACAGUGGAGACAACGGCUUGAAUCAAAACUCGAGUGAACUGAAGGAGGCUACAAGGACUGACAUGGAGGCUAUUGACGUGCGCUGAGAAUGGCCACAAAAACAGCUCUGCACUUCCCCCCCCCCCGAAUGUGUGGUAAUGUAUGAAUGGGAGUAAAACAGUGCAGUGGCAGCAGUUGAAUAUUCAGGAAAUAGAAAUAGCGGCUAUGCUUACCAAACAAGCUGAUACUAUCUGAAUUCUGGAGUUAUCCGAUUAUUGAAAUGUCAUAAACAGUUACAUCGGAUGUGAGUAAUCUGAUUUCUCUCUGAUUGCUCACACCUCUCUGAUUGACAAGAACCACCUAAUGUGGCAAGAAUAAGAAUAAAAGAGAAAAGAUUAAAAAAUGUUUAAAUUGAAGGAAUGAUUUUAAAUUUCUUUCAACUCUAUGUCUUUCAAAUACAACACACAAAAUCAAACUAAAUUAUUUGCUUAUCAGAUUAUUCUAGUUAUCUGAUUUAUACAGGUCGUGUAAAUCCAAUCCAAUCUGAAAAUAAUUUGCCAGGUUAUACAAAUCUAUAAGUACAAUGAGGUCUGCUUGCUGCAACUGCACUGUUAGCCUCAGUAUGAAUGUGUCAUGUGGAUGUGAGAAAAGGGUCCAAAUUACCUUAUGACAAGGAGGUCAAUAGUUAUACAAGACUCUCUUUUUCAAUGUCUUUUCAAUAGUUUGUUUUAUAUUUUAUUUGUGGAAAAAAUCUCACCCAUCAUGAAUGUCUAAAACAAUGUCAAGAAUGGAAACAUGCUUGACUUUAUUUAAAAGAGUUUAUCACUGGAGCAAAAGGGAAGAGUAGGCCCUUUUUUGCUGAUUUUCUACCUGUGUUUACCUCAGGGUAGACUUCUACUGUAUUUAAUUACUACUUUUACCUACGUUAUGUGAGUAGCUGCUUUGCUUACUUCACAUUUGAUACUUCCUGAUUACCUUUUCUUACUUUGUUUCUUGUUUGUUGGAUGGUAAGGGCACAGCAGUGUACACUCCACUGUUGUGUUGACUGAAGAAUUUAGGACACAACUCCAAAUUUCUCUCCUAAAAUGGAGUUAAUGAGCCAGUAUUAGUCCUUUUCCGUUAUUAAGUAAUGGAAAACAAGUGAAUGUCUGCCUGUUUGUCAAUGUGCAUCUGCCCUUGCUGUUUUAUACUACCUCUUUAAAGAAUUUAUUUUAUUGACUUUUUGUUUUCCUAAACUCAGGGAACAAGGUUUAGUACAAUUUGAAAAGCUGUGUAAGAUGUUACAUGGUGAUUUGACAGGGUAUUUAUGUACUAAACCGCUGUAGUAAUUGCCUAUAUAUGUGAAUGUAUCUGGACUGAGUGAGCCAGUUGCUCAGAUGAUUGUGAUGCCCUCCAUCGCAAUUACUCCUCAGGUUCUAAAUGGUUUGUGUAAAAACAAGCCCAUCUUCCUUUUUAUUCAGAAGUAAUACACACCAGAAGUGCUUGAAACGGUCUGUCGCUUUAUAAUUGGCCUUAAUGCACAAAGCACUCUCAGCUCCCAAAACCAAAGCUAAUCUUUCUGAGGGUGAACUUUGUGUAAAGAUGCAACACAAAGAAUGUAGGAGCAUUAAAUGGAGGUGUGAAUCAGUUGUGUGGAGAAGUGAAGAAAAACAGAAUACAAUAAACCUUUUACAGCAUAAAACUAUAUUUUUGUUAGAAAGUUUGUGCCACCCAGUACAUGUGUAGUUACAGUAGUUUUGUUUCGCUGUAGAGUAGAUAAAGAUUAGCACUUGUCUGCCGAAUAGUUUAGCAUUGUAAGCCAAUGUGCAUCGGUGACUGCCUGAUAAGUUGUUUGCUUUUUGAGUUUUAUUUUAGAUUCUUGUCUAAUCCCUGGCAGAAGGUUACUGAGCUAUGUGAAAUAUUUCUUUCAGACCAAAGAUAAAGGCUGCCUUGAGGUGCCUUGCACAUUAGUGGCCUUACCCGUGAUCAGAUGAGCGAGAGUUGCGGGGUGACUCUAAAUAAGUGCCCAUGAAAUGUAAGGGCACUUUAUGAAGAUGGAGUGACAAUUAAUAAUCAGUAUUAUGCACCAAACUAAAUCAGUCUAUCAGUUCCCUCCACGCUGUUGCACACAAUAGGUGAAUUUUAUAUUGAGUAAGACAAUUUAUUAUGCAGUUACCUGCGUUGCAACGGUGCAGUGAUGUGUAUGAAACACUAGACCAGAAAGUACAAUAUCUUAAAUAUAGAGAUAAAUUUAAAUCCACUCAACCAAAUAUGUUAAUAUGUUCACACAAAUGCCUUGAACACAGUGAAAAUGCAGUAUUACCUUUAUUUCCAGUGUUAAUCACAUUGGUGGCUACAGUGUUUUCACAUUGCUGUAUUUAAUCAGAGGGUUCUGGAGAGGAUUCAAUCAGGUGACACAAUCAGUUUAACUUUCUUUUGAAAAGCAAACAGAGGAAACCAAAGAUUAUUUUAUAGGGUCACCGUUGCAUAUUGGCAUGAGAUGUGUAAUCAUGCCUGGAAGCAAUGAUAAAAUGCAAUGUAUUGUACAAAAUGAAAGCAGGAUUUGAAAUGGUACUUAGUUUAUGUAGAUCCUUUACACACAUUUUAUUGUUUUGUUAUUUUCUCACAUUUUGUUUCAGAAAUAAUGGAAAGUUGAUUUUAUACGUUUGUCUUUUUCCAGUAUUCCUGUAUUUAUUCCAGUGGCUUUGAAGGCACCAUUCAGAAUCUAAAAUCAUUUAUUGAUUGGAUUGUCUGUACAAAUUGUUUGAAUUCAUUUCAGCUGUCACCUGAUUUUCAACUGGGUCUUCUAGCAGUCUAGUUAGUCCACAGUAAUCUUGUCCAUUUCUGUGAGAACAAUGAAAAAUGACCUGGGAUUUGCUCAAGUUCUCUUUCAUCUUUUAAAUUGUGCUUUUAUUUGUUUUUGUAAGCAUGUAAUUUAAAGGGGAACAUUAGGAGGCCUCAUCUGUCUUUGGCUUGUGCAGUUGUGUUGAGUGCUGAAGGUAAUUAAGUUAAACUCAGGGAGACCCACAGCCUCAAUGGAGGAGCAGGCUUCUUAAAAAUGAAUGUAUUUUGUAAUUAUUUACCCUGUUUAUGCUUUUUAUUUGACAUUUUGCAUUUAGGUCCAACAAUGUUUAGGAGA